AUGAAACCACCAGUGCUCGUGCCGUGGGAUGGUACAAUCAAAUGGGCUAUCCGAGGAUCCAGUGUGUUUGAGACUACGGAUGAAGAACUCGACGCGUUGCUGUACCGCCCGAAUAUUGUCAGCAAGGAAUCUCCAACUGAGCUCUGGAUGUUCCAGUUUGGCUUGCGCUAUAUCCCCGCUGAAGGUGACAGAGAUGUACACCGCGCCGUCACUAUUGAGAAUCUACCAUCAAACGUGACCCUGCAGCAACUCUUACCUCUAAUUACCGGCGAAAUCUACUCAGCGCACUUCCUCGAUACUGUAUCUAUCACGGGGUCAAACACCGCUUUCAUCGUCUUCGUUACCCAGGCAGAUACUGUUGACUUUCUCAAAAAUUCCGGCGGUAGUCUUGCCCUGAGGGCGACACAGGCUAAAGUGACCCUAGUCCCGACUCCAACUUAUCCUAUGGCGGCUAGUAUGGCACGGCUGGUUUUCGAAGAAGGUCAUACGCGGUGUGUCUGUAUAUCUGGUGUGCGGGAUACUCUGAAGGGGGAGAUUCGUCGGGUCUUGGGCCGGUCGCCGUUCUUGGAUUUUCUCGAACGGAUCGAGGACGGACAGGUGCUCGGGGAUGUCUAUGCUCGGUUUCACUCAAUCAAGGUGGCCACUGCCGCCUAUAAGCUUUUGAAGAGUCAUCCGAGCUUCCAGAAGUGUAAACUCCGGUUUCUGGCAGCAAGACCUUUAGCGCGGCAACCUCGAAUCGGAAUCUGGGAUUGA